AUGUCGCACGUGAUGCAUGCACCUCUCCUUGGUAUGCCUGAAGCCCGAGGAGAAACGCAGUCUUGUAUCGUCGUGUCUUUUCAAACAAUCCAAACGAGCCCUCGAGACGCCAUGGCAUCUCCAAGUACCAGCGAGGCCACCAACUGGGACCCUAUGGGACCCAACAGCCCUGCUGGAACUGCGCUUAUGAUCCUACGUCCGGAGAACGAGGCAGCCAAGUUGGCCUUUUCCGAGGUCGUUGACUUCCUCAAAGAGCAACAUCACGCCCAGAACGAUGGUGAAGAGUCCACCAAUGUUCGAAGCCACUUUGCAAAGUACAUGUGGUUCUCUGAUGAACAAAUCCACGAUCCCGCUGUCUCGCGAUAUGUGAACGACAAGAAGGUCGCCGAAAGCUCAUCAUCGACGGCAUCUCAUGUUGAAGACGAAGAAUCAUUCUCUACACUGAUCUGGACGGGCUUUUACUUUAUUGAUACCAACGUCAAACCGCUCAACUCUGAUACCGGCUGGGUGGUUGGUCGUCUCAGCAGGAGGAGCAUCUCCUUUGCCCAGCCCACCGUCGACAUAGCACUGGCCGCAAACCGGGCCGGUGGCGUUGCCAGAAGGCACUCGGUCGUCAACUUCUCCCCAGAGACACGUCUAGCGAUCGUUUCCUUGGAAUUCGGAAGCUCUACCGUUGUCAAUACGACGUCCUUGACUUCCAAGGGCGACAUUGCGGGCUGCACACUGGCAGACAAUCGCGUUCAUUUCGGCGACCUAAUGUACUCGCUCGACUACACGUCAUAUUGCCAUGGGUCCAAAGGUCAAGCAGAUCUGAGUAACUUUAUUAAAGCUAUUCACGGCAAUAAUCAGCCAACAAAGGAGGUCCUCCAGGCCACCCCUACUCCUCAGAUAACACAUGCCCAAACCAUUGGCAGGUAUACUGUCACAGGCGGCUUGACGGGACUUGGUUCCUUUGGCCGUGUUCGUCCGGCAGUGACACCGGACGGACAAAAGACAGUGGCCAUCAAGACGAUGGACGCUCGGCCCAGCAGGACGCGGGAUACCCAGAGGAAAAUCGAGCUGAUGGAAUCUCUGUCGCGGCUGUCGAAAGCAGAAAAACAGCACAACAUCUUGACCAUGAUUGAGAGCAUCUACGUUCCAGGACGACAAAUGAAUGAAUUCCAUGUUGUCCUGGAGCCGUAUAUUGGCUUUACGCUUCACGAAAUACCAAAUAACACUCAUCCAAACAAGCACGAACUUAUACUGCACGAUUGCCUUCGAGGUCUUGCCUUUUUGCAUUCAAAUGACAUGGUGCACACCGACAUCAAGCCGGCCAAUAUCGGACUCGUUGACUUUGACAGAGACGACAUGCAGAAGCCCGCCCAACUGGCGUCUUAUUCUCGCCCUCCCCGAGCCGUAUUACUUGACAUUGACUCCAUAACGCAGAUUCCCGGAGGCCAGACCACUAUCAAAGCAAGGCCUGGGUGCAAUGGGACCAUCGGCUUUCAUUCGCCAGAGCAUGAACUGUCAGAGUACGACGGGCGAACGGACGUCUGGGCUCUGGGGGUCAGCAUCUUUGGGGCCGUCUUUGGCGUGCUGCCGUGGUCCUACGGGCCGGAAGGCAAUUCCUGGAAGGCGGGCGGCACGGUCGAAGCGCGUAGACGGUUUCAUUCGCGAUAUGCCAGCUCCGUAAACAGGAUCGCCGAACAUUAUCAGAGGCUCGGUGAGCCCAUCUGCGACUUUCUGCUUGCUGCCUUUCGAUUUCCAGAGUCAGAUAUCGCAGUGCAGAGGAGAAGGCGGCCGACUAGUGCAGAGUGCAUCAGUCGCCUAUUGGAGACGUCGGAGUUGUUGCAGGAAAGAGUCUUGAUAGAAGCCAGGGGUGUUGCUGGAUCUACUGCGGCUUGUGACAGUGACAUGCGGGCUGGAAAUGCUAAACGUCCGGCCCCCGGUGCAGGCAGGCAGUUUUCUGUCCUGCAACUCGAAUCCUGUGUUUGCCUGCAAUCUCUUCUCGAGCACGACCAGCGCCGCUGCCUCCGCCUCGGCCUACCGGAACCCACCGGCCUAAUGGCCUCCCCAACAGAGCACGAUGAGGUCGAAUUAUGUCCAAACCUUGCGCCGGACGCACCCGCGGCAAUGAUGGUGACAGCGACACGGACGGCCACCACGACGGCGGACCAGACAAGGGAGCUCGAGGUGGAGGAGGAGGAGGAACUCACAGAGCCCAAGCUGAGCUACAACUGGACGUAUUGGCACGCCAGGUUCACCGAGCUCAACAAUUACCAAGACCUCCCGUGCCCUGUAGAGACCCGAGGCGCACACCUCAUCUCGGCUCCUCCCUCGCCAAAGGCAGUAGUAGCGUCUCGUCACGACCCUAGCUCGUUCUGCAAGGACCUCUUUGAGCGCCUGCGCGGGCUUGCGUUGAGGCAAUCCGUGCGCGAAAACAUUUACGGCGUCGACUUCGCAAACGAGUGGCCCAUCUCGAGGACGCCGCGGCCGCUGGCGGACGAGGUGCGCGAGGCACGCAAGAGAGCGCAGGAGGCGCUGCUGCAUCUUGAUUCUUCGUCGUCCUCGUCGGAUCCCGAGUAUGAGCCGGCGUGGAUGAGGAGACUGAGGGAGGCGCGCGAGAAACGGCGCCAGGCCAGGGCGCAGGCCAAAGCAGAGGGAGUGAUGAAGGCAAAGGCUCCCACUACUCCCCAGCUUUCUCCUCCGCAGGAUGGCGCUGCGAUCAAUUCUGGACAACCGAUCGUUGACGCCGUCGCGCAUAUGGUAAAGGCGGCAUUUGGAGUUGGUUAUCAGGAUACCCAGGUACAGGUGCCCAAGUUCAGCGGCAUUGCUCAGGAUGAGCCUUUUAUUGUUUUGGAAUCUCGAUCGGAUCGGAUAGGAUGGACAAUAGCAACAGGGGCCAUGCCUCAGAUUUGUAACGCAUAG